AUGCUCCUCGCCGCGCCGCUCCUCUCUCUCAGCCUCGUGCUCCACCCUGCACUCAUGCGCACUGCGCCCAUGCACUCUGCGUCCAUGCCCCUUGCGCCCAUGCGGAGCGUCACGUUCAUGGCCGACCAGCCAACAGUUGAGCCACCCGUGUAUGACGUCGACGAGGUGCAGGCGGGGGAGGCAAAGGCGGCGGCGGAGGCGGCAGCGGCGAAGGCGGCAGAGGAGGCGGCGGCAGUGAAGGCGGUAGAGGAAGCGGCGGCGGCAAAGGCGGCAGAGGAGGCGGCGGCGGCGAAGGCGGCGGAGGAGGCGGCAGCAGCAGCGAAGGCGGCGGAGGAGGCGAAGGCGGCGAAGGCGGCAGAGGAGGCGAAAGCGAAGGCGGCGGCGGAGGCGGCUGCAGCGAAGGCGGCGGAGGAGGCGAAAGCGAAGGCGGCGGCGGAGGCGGCAGCGGCAAAGGCGGCAGCGGAGGCGGCGGCGAAGGCAGCGGCGGAGGCGGCAGCGGCAAAGGCGGAAGCGGAGGCGGCGGCAGCGGCUAAGGCGGCGGAGGAUGCGGCGGCGGCGGAGGCGGCUCGCCAGGCCACCGCACCGGCUGGUUUCGUGUGGGGCAGCACAAGCGCUCAGGCCUCAGCAGGCAGCACAAGCAGCCACACAGAGUUGGGCUGGCGGCCGUCUCUGAUGCCCGUGCUGCGAAAGUGCUCCGACGGACCGGGAGGGUCGGGGGCUCGUCGGGCGGAGGCGGUGAAGGCGGUGGCAGCCGCGGUGGCGGCGGGCUCGGGGGUGGUAGCGGCGGGGGCGGGCUCGGAGGCGGGAGUGGCGGCGGCGGCACAGGUGGCGACGAUGGUGGCGGAGAGGGCGGCGGAGAGCUCGGUGGCGGCGAACGCGGAGGCGACGAGGGCGGAGGCGGCGAGGGCGGCAGCGGGGAGGGAAGCGGCGGCGAGGGUGGUGGCGGCGAGGGCGGUGGCGGCGAGGGUGGCGGCGGCGAGGGCGGCGGCAAGGGCGGAGGAGGCGAGGGCGGUGGCGGCGGUGGCGGAGGAGGCGAGGGCGGCGGCGGCGACGGAAGUGGCGACGGCGACGGCGGUGAGGGCGGAGGGGGCGACGGAGGGGGUGGCGACGGCGACGGCGGCGAGGGUGGAGGAGGCGAGGGUGGUGGCGACGGCGGCGUGA